AUGGACCCGCGAAUAAUUCGAAGAAGCAAGACGCGUUGCCAAUCAUCCUUCCAGUAUUAUCCAGGAGUAGUCCUGACCCUCCCAGAACCUCCCAGACCCCCUCCUCCCCAACAACUGCUAUCUACCCACCACUGCUCUGUACCACUGCACCACGCUACCCCUGGGUUCACCAGGCGUGGGAAACGAACGCCCACUUCCUACACUGUAUCAUUAUUGACCCGUGGACUCGGCAGCCCACGUCUGUACCGAGUACACACGCAAACAACCAUCUUUCCCACUCAUCACGGCUGCACGCCGUGUGGGAGGCCAAAAGACACACUUCUCCAAGGGCCACCCUACACACUAUUCUUGCGCGGCUUUGUUACGGGAGCGUUCGACGCAAUUCACUUGCCUGCCCAGCCUCAGCAAGCCAAUUAUUGGGCCGCCGUUCAAAGAGCCGUACCUAGCACCCGCCGGCUGGGCGCAGCAGGGCUCCAGCCUCCGCCACCAUGGGUUCCGACUUUGACCGUCCUGUGCCUGGAUAGCAUCGCGACCUACUAA